GACGGUGGUGGGGUGUCCGUGAGGAGGAGUUGUCCGUAGGGCCCCGCUCCUCCUCGGCCUGUUGGGAGCCGAGAUAUUUGGGUUCUCUGAGGGGAAGGAAGGCGGCUGAGGGGGAAACAAAGAAGAGCCCGCGCCGCCGGGUUCCUUCCCUUCGCUCGAGGAGGAGGGGGAGGGGCGGGCGAACGGGCGACGGUUGCUCUGGGGUUCCCGCCGCCGCCGCCGUCUCCCGCCAUGAUAAGCGCACGCCCGGAGGCCUAGUAGCCUCGCGCCUGUUGCGAGAAUGGUGGGGCGGUGGCGGCGGCCCCGGCGGCAGCCCUGGCUCCUCCUCCCGCCGCCGCUUCUGCUGCGGGCCCUCCUCCUCCUCUUCGGCUUCCUGCUGCCGGGAGCACCGGCCCAGCGUGAGUGAGUUGAGGCAAUGGCGAGCGCCGCCUUCGCUCGCUGCUUCUCUGGCCAAGCAUCGAGGGGACUACCCCCCCGCACCCUGAAGAGGGAAGGGGCGCCCCCCAAAUCGGCCCCCUCACCAGCUCCUGGAGCCCCCGAGUAUGGCCUGCUCCUGCUGACUCGAGGGGCUGCCUGGAUGGGGUUAAUAGCCACGAGGAGGAUUUUGGCACCUUAAAGUCUGAUAGUUGUUAUUAUAUCAGAUUCUAGUCCUCCGCAGAAGGGACCUAUCAUUAGCUUCAGUGGGUCUGCUCCUUGGCUAUUGCAACCCUUUAUUAUUAACAAUCACGAGGUAUUAGUUUUUAAGAUGCCACAAGACUUGCUGCUGUGUUUUUAUUCCCCCGAAAAAGAUGAGUAGGGUUACUCCUCUGGAAAUGAUUUCACUUUCUGAUGUGCUUCUCACUCGGUGUACCAUGUACAGUAUGUGUGUAUAUAUUGUCGGCAUCCAUCUGUCUCAAGAUAAAAUGGAGUGCACCUCCGGAGGUGAAGUCAAACCACUGUGAUAGAAACCACUGAAGUGAUAUCCUCGAGGCGCAAGCCUGGGCAGUGUGUGUGGAGGUCCUGGGCUGCCCAAACAACAAGAUCCUUCUCUGCCUCCCUUAUGUAGUCCAAAGGAAAGCAGAGCAAUACGUUUGGCAUCAACUCUGCUGCAACAGUUGCUGGAAGGAAGCGAACAAAACACCAUCCAACUGCCCUUGGGUCACCACCCUGGAUUUGUGAAGGGUUUACUCCUUAGCCUUUUCAUCUCCCGAAGGUGUCCCAAAAAGCAGCAGAGGUUUAGGAUUCCUUCUCCUAAAUAAGCUACCUUCCCCGGCUGAUGAGCCUUGUAUGCCGCCUCCUAGCAACUCCUGUAGCCAAGCUGGUGCCAGAUGUAUUGCUUUCCUUUGGACCACAUCAGCGAGGCUGAGAGCGGGGUCUUGUUGUCUGGGCAGCCCAGGACCUCCAUACACACUGCUCAGGCUUGCGCCCUGUGGAGGUCACUUCAGUGCACCCAACACAGUGGUUUGACUUCACUCCUGGAGGCGCACUCCAUUGUCUCUGAAGACAGACAGAUGCCAACAAUAUCCAUAAUUCUCCUGAAUAAUCUUGACCACCCUAGAAAAGGGCAGGAAUGAUAGUUAGCAUUUAUAUAUGUGGGAACCCAAUGCCCAAUUAAUGUUAGUGUGCAGUUCUUUCAAGAGAGAGUGUUGAGCAUUGGGUUUCCACUUAUAUAAAUGCUAGCUAUCAUUCCUGCACUGGAAUUAUUUUACAUUUUUAAACAUAUGUUGUCAAUCAGCAUUAUGUAUGCAGGCUUCCUCUAAAGAAGUAAGCCUCUUUCCGUGGUGCCUAUAUCAAAGUUAACUAGCCUGGCUUUGAUUUCCACCCAGGUAUUGCAGAAGAUUUUGUGUGUGUGUGUGUGUGUUAUUAACACCAUGUAGUAUCAUUGCCACCUCCUAGAAUUUAUGGACUACUAGUUAUUUGCUUCAGCAGUGCUGCAAAAAAGUUUAACAGAAGGAGCCACAUCAAUAGGGUGACUGUGAUCAAGUAUAGUCAUGGGUACCAAUUACUCUUAAGAGCAUAUAUAUACCUUUGCCUUCCUGUUGUUAUUUAAAUGAAACACUUUUUGUGUUGCAAACCACCUUAUCAAUCAGCAAAAAGCAAGUGAUUAAGAGAGACGGACACAAUAUAAACAUUUUCAAAAAUUUCAGGGAACAUAAACAGUCAUCCAUUUGGCAAUCCAAAUUCAUCUUGAAAGAAAGUAGGUUUUCACAAUACUGCAGUAGAGAAGUCCUUCCCCCGUGUGUUAGAUAAAGGACCCCUGACCAUUAGGUCCAGUUGUGGCCGACUCUGGGGUUGCGGCGCUCAUCUCGCUUCAUCUCGCCACUUACCUUCCCACUGGAGCGGUACCUAUUUAUCUACUUGCACUCUGAUGUGCUUUCGAACUGCUAGGUGGGCAGGAGCUGGGACCGAGCAACGGGAGCUCACCCCGUCGCGGGGAUUCGAACCGCCGACCUUUUGAUCGGCAAGCUCUAGGCUCUGUGGUUUAACCCACAGCGCCACCCGCGUCCCAACACCUGUGUGUUAGUAAAACACAAUUCAGAUGUUUAAGGGGUGAGGAGAAGAGCCUCUCCUUCAGAUAUUCAAGAGCAAGCAGGCUUAUAGUAGAGGAGGUGGUUCACAUCAUUUAAUUAAUGGAAAACAGAUCUCUAAUUUCUCUAAAGAAUCCUGGGAACCAUAGUUUGUUAAGGGUGCUGGGAAUUUUAGCUUUGUGAGGGUUAAACUACAGCUCCCAGGAUUCUUUGGGGGAAGUCAUGUGCUAUAAAUGUAUGGCGUGUAUGAAGUCACAGUCCAGUUCAGUGCUUAAGUUUUCUUUUAAGUACAGUAUUUUUCAGCUCUUCACCUUUAUGAAUUGUAGCUAAUAAGCUUUAUACCAGGUGCCAAAUAUGUCUGCUUCCAUAGCAGCUCUAAAGUUUUCUUACUAUUGAAAGAUGCUUAAGCCAGAAUAAAUACAAGAGUCUCCAAAGAAGUACCAUAACUGUGGACCUACAGUAGGAAAAAGCCUCUCUAUAUGUCCUAGUGUUUGAAAUUGGUUGGUUUGACUAUUGUUACGUAGUGGUCAAGAGCCUUAACAACAACAACAAUAAUAAUGUUAUUAUUUGUACCCUGCCCAUCUGACUGGGUUGCCCCAGCCACUCUGGGCAGCUUCCAGCAUAUAAGAUGGAAAGUGAAGUACAGUAAAGGGAAAGGGGGAAAUACAAAAAACUGAGGAAUCCCUUUCUUUAACUUUUUUUUUUUAAAGGGGGGAUACUCCCUUUGUCUUCCUAUUGUACGUACUCAAACUUGGUGACAUUGCUUGGUUAUACCAUACAUUCAGUUCUGCAUAUAGAUAAAUAGAUACUGCCUAUAUAUUUUUUGACUUUUUUAGACAUUUGUUAAUUUAAGACUUUUUAAAAUAGAAUUUGCCUCCCCUUUCAGCGUAUAAAAUGACUUUCUAGACUAGAAAGAUGGACAGGAAGGUUGAAUGUCAAGUUGCAGCCGAUCAGGCUGUUCAUCCAACAUUAUUUGUUAUUCCAUAGCAGUUUGUGAGAAAUUUUCAAAGAUGACAGCUAAGUACCAAUCAAUUUUCUUGACAACCCAGGUCAUCUUCUCUUUCUUCCGUUUGCAUUUGUCCCCCAGAGGCAGCAAAAUACAAGGCAGCCACCAGAGACUUCCUGUUUUCUAAAUUUGUGUGUGUGUGUGUGUGUGUGUGUGUGUGUGUGUGUAAGUUGCCCUGGUUCCAGCAUUACUAAUCAGCUAACUCUUUUAAUGAUACCUUUUAAAGAUACAAAUGCUCUGCUUGAACUUUCUUUUUAUCCAUUUGGGCUUUCUAUUUAUUCUUACAGUGUUAUGUCAGAGAUGCUAAGCAGUCUGUCUGUUUUCCAUUCACUGAGAAAUUUAGAGCAUUGUCUAGACAUGGGUAGUGUCAGAUUUCUUUUGGAAAAUUAGUUUUAUGUUAUAAUAAUAAUAAUAAUAAUAAUAAUAAUAAUUUAUUUAUACCCCGCCCAUCUGGCUGAGUUUCCCCAGCCACUCUGGGCGGCUCCCAAUCAAGUGUUAAAAACAGUACAGCGUUAAAUAUUAAAAACUUCCCUGAACAGGGCUGCCUUCAGAUGUUUAUUGCAUUUUAAUAAUUGUACACUUCUAUAAACCCCCCCCAAAAUAGUAAAUCAGUUGCACAUACAUUUAAAAUCAAGAGCAUAAUUUUCUUCCUUGGGGAAGAUUAGAAUUUUCUACUUUUGAGAAUCUGUUCCUAAAAUUCUCAUCCAUAUUGCAAUCCAGAUAUUUUCCUCCCAGAGUAGAAUAAAUAGGAACCUGCUAACUUACUGUUCACAUUAGAGAAGGAAACAAGAACAUUUGCACCAAUAAACACUCCAUUCAGAGGCUCAAUGUUUCUGCUAUCUGUGAUGGAAACUGGGCCUUAGCCUACCAAAGUAUACUCGGAGUAGACCUACUCAAGAGUAUGAUUUGGUUGGAUAUAACUCUCCCCUUCCCCCAUCUUUUCCCUUCUUCACUGAUGUGCAUAUGUGUGUGAGAGAGAGAUGGAGGCAAGAAGAAGUUUUCUUUUUCUUCACUGAUAGUAUUUUAUGAACUUCACAGACAAAAUAAUCUAGAUUUGAUACCUAUUUUUCUUUCAUUGGCCUCAAACUUUUGAGCAUAUUUCAUUACCUUUCAAAGUUCUAAAUACCCUUAUAUAAUUUUGUGCAUGCUGAAUAUGUUCACCAUGUUUUUAUGUGUCACCAUGAUGUGUAUGUAUGAGUGUUUAGAGCCUGUUGCAGGAUGGAUGGUGGUUAACGGAUUGAGGAUGAAUCCCGACAAGACAGAAGUACUGUUUUAGGGGGUGGGUGGGGGUGAGGGAAUCCCUGGCCCUGAAUGGGGUAACUGUGCCCCUGAAGGACCAGGUGCGCAGCCUGGGACUCAUAGCUGUCCAUGGAGGCGCAGGCCAAUUCUUUGUCGAGGGCAGCUAUCUACCAGUUCCAUCUGGUAUGCCAGCUGAGACCCUACCUGCCUGUGCACUGUCUCGCCAGACUGGUACAUGCUCUGGUUAUCUGACUACUGCAAUGCGCUGUACGUGCGGCUACCUUUGAAGGUGACUCGGAAACUACAACUAAUCCAGAAUGCAGCAACUAAACUGGUGACUGGGAGUGGCCACUGGGACCAUAUAACACUGGUCCUAAAUUAUCUACACUGGCUCCCAGUACAUUUCUGAGCACAAUUCAAAGUGUUUAAAGCCUUGUAUACUUGAAGGAGCAUCUGCACCCCCAUCGUUCAGCCUGGACACUGAGGUCUACCUCUGAGAGCCUUCCCUCUCUACAAGAAGUGAAGUUACAGGGAACCAGGCAGAGGGCCUGCUCAGUAGUGACACCCUCCCUAUGGAGGGAGAUAAAGAACUACACAACUUUUAGAAGACAUCAGAAGGCAGCCCUGUAUCGGGAAGUUUUUAAUGUUUGAUGUUAUAUUAAGUUUUUAUAUGAGUUGGAAGCCACCCAGAGUGGCUGGGGCAGCCCAGCCUAAUAGGGUGGGGUAAUUAAUAAUUAUAAAGAAAGAUUCAGAACAUAGCUGGACAUCAAACCACAAUAUCUGUGUAAUCAAUUCAUUCAUAUAUAUAUAUAUAUAUAUAUAUAAUUUUCUAAAGUUUCUUUUGGCAAUAUUGUUCAGUAAUUGUUUCGAAAUGUUGAAUAAAAUUCUAGUCCAUCUCCUUGAUUCUCUCUUGGUAUCUCUCCAUUUGAAAAAUCUUUGUAGUAAAAGCAAGCCAUUUUUUUUUGUCCUGCCCUUCCUGUUUUACUUCAAAUAUCCUUUUACAUCUUUGAAAAUUUAACAUAUAGUGGUAUCUCGGGUUAAGUACUUAAUUCGUUCCGGAGAUCCGUUCUUAACCUGAAACUGUUCUUAACCUGAAGCACCACUUUAGCUAAUGGGGCCUCCUGCUGCCGCCGCACCGCCAGAGCACAAUUUCUGUUCUCAUCCUGAAGCAAAGUUCUUAACCCAAGGUACUGUUUCUGGGUUAGCGGAGUCUGUAACCUGAAGCGUAUGUAACCCAAGGUACCAUUGUAUUUGUCUUCUUCAUAACAAUGUAAGGUAGACCUUGCCAGUACUCAGCCAUUGUGUAUGAUGAUGUCACUGUUGGUUGUCAUUUUAAGUAGCUUCUUAAUGGGUGAAUGCUUGAUGUGUGAGAAGCAAUCUGCAAACUAAGUUAGAACAGCAACAUUGUUGGUUGUUAAUAUGUCUCUACAAGCCUUUUAAAUGAAGGUCACUUCCAGUCUGCCUUUCUAUUGGGGUGUUGUUGUUUUUUAAAUUAUCAUUUGUGUGUUUGCUACCCUGGCUCCUUUGAGUGGGGGAGGGGGAUAUGAAAAAAAAUAACAACAACAACAUCCCAAAGACUUUGGACCACAUAUUAAAAAUGGUGUGUUUGGCCUCUUUGAGAGUAUCAGCAUUGUAAAAUUAAUCAAAAUGUGGUGAAAACUCUGGUGUUUAAUUUUCUUUUUCUUUUUUUUAGGUGUGCAUCAUACUUUUGACAAUAUUAAAGAAAUGCAGGUAACAUUAAUUUUAGUAUUUGGGGAAAUGGCUUUGGUAUGUCCAUGAAGACUUUCUGGAAACUUCAAGUCAUCUCAAAUUCAUCUCUCAGGGUUUUGUCUGGGACCAGCUGAUGGGUUGACAUUACACUGUCAGCUUCACUUUGUCCUUUUUUUCUGGGCUCAAUGCAAAACUCUGGCUUUGUGCUUUACAGCAAGAAAAAGCUGGUGGGGUCAGGGGAAGCACCUAAAGUGAACAAAAACAGGCCCUGGUGCUCACUAGUACAAAACUUUAUUUUAUCUCAGUGCAUUUCAGAGUGAAACACUCCUUCAGGAGAUUUAAAAGCUUGCAAGGUCCUAAAAUUCAGAAACAUCUCAUUCUUAAAAUCUGAACAGCACAAAAACCAGCUUGAUAAUGUGGUAUCAGAAAAUUGUAUUCUAUAUAUACAUCUAUGUAAUCUCUGCAAACUUUUCAAGCUUCUAAGGAGGAGGUGGAUCAUUCUGAAAAGCGUUGAACUGCAAUUCAGAGUCUUGUACCUAUGAGCCUCAGAGCUUGUUCUCCCUUAUGCUUUGAUCUUUAAAACCCUGAGCAAUCUAGGAACUGAGUAUUUUAGGAACCUACUCUUCCUGUACAGAUAUGCCUGGAAACUUCCAUGUCUGAGACCAAUUUUGAUGAGGUUGUCCAGAUUGAUUAACUGACGGGUAAUUUGUUGCUCACGUUGAGGCAAGUUUUUUUUUAAAUCAAGUCCCCCCCCCCCCCAGUUCCAAUCCUUAGAGGAUGUGUUCCUUCUUAAUAAUUCCUGUUGUUUUUGCUGUUGUAAUUUAUUUUGCCAUUUUAUAAGAAGCUGCACCUGCUGUAAUUCCCUCUUCUAUGCAACUAUGAAAAGUGCAGGAGCCCUGACUUCUCUUUUUCCUGGGAACCCUAGUUCAGGAUGUGGCAGGGAGGUUGUCUGGGAGUGAAGGAAGGCAAGGUGUCUGUGAGGCAAGGUAAUUCAGAUUGUCUUAGGGCUGUUGAGGGCUCUUCCCUGCUCCCAGCUGUGGUGAGAUUUUCCACAAGGUGCCAUGCCUCUCCCUCUGAGGAAGUCUCCCUGGGGUUUUAAUUGGGCAGGAUCCUGACACCUGGCCAUAGUCUUUAUUUUCUUCCUGUGCUAAAUAUGUUGAUAUCAAUUACUGCACACCCUGGCACAUGGGGCUUAUUUGGACAUAUGCCAAAUGAUGGGAAAUCUUGCUGUUGCAGUGAAGUAACAGUCAUCUGGGAAUGACUAGGCUUCUUACUUAUUUUGCAGAUCGCUCUGAACCCAACUAUGACUGUGCAGAUUUCAUCAGAGACAGCAGACAAUCUUCAAGCUCUAGGUAAGCACUCAUCUUUUACUUUUCCACAACACCUUUGAAAAUCCUUGCUACAGAAUCAUUUUGAAAGGUCCAUUUCAGAGAAGCCAGUCACUAGAAAAAUGGAUCGCUGUCUCUGUUUCCAUGUUCUAAAACAAGGAACAUCAAUUCUAGGCAGAACAAGACCUAUGACCCAACGCUGUGCAACACAUGGGUUGUGGUUUGCUGCAGUGUAGAGUGGGCCUUAGAAACUGUUGCACUUAUAGAGUAGGAGAAAGUGAGCAAGAGAUGGGUCCAUUUGUGGUUUACAUGACCUCUUUUUCUGCUUUACAGAACCUUCUCAUAUAUUUGAAGUGGAAACAACAAACGAAGAAGAGAAGACGUUGAAUAACCUUGUUGGCCUUUUGCAAGAUAUGGUGAAAAAUAUUCCAACAGCAUCAGCGCAAUCACAAACACCAAAACCGACAGAAACAGCAACUAUCGUAAUAUCCCACCCAGAGCCUUCCCACCCAGAGCCUUCUCCAUCUGAAGCAGUGGGCACAGUUUUGCUAAACCUGAAUCCAAAGACUGAGGGAAUACAAGUAGAGUCAUUGGAAACAGUUGCCCUGACCAAUGAAAAUACCCCAACUACCUCAACAGCAUUUUGGGACCUCCGAAAUGACGCAGGUGCAUCAGUCGUUUUACAUUCUGAUAUAGUCACUCCGGAAGGAAAUACUGAAGAACAAACUGAGACAAGUGUAUUUUAUUCUGCUGAAACUACUCCAGAUCAAUCACUGGUCAGUGUGUCAUUUUUGUUGGAAACGGAUACUACCACGCAAAAAGCAAUGACUUUUGAUCAGCUAACAAAUGGAGCUUUGGCAAGUCUGGUGGAGUCUCUAAGGAACGUGAGAAAAAUGCAUGUGAAACUAACUCAUACCAGUAAUGAAUCAAAACACAGUGAAACUGCUGUGACACAAUCCCCAGAGAAGUCUGUAAGUGCAGAAAUCUUGGAGUUGAUUGACAGACUCAUUGAAACCAUUAAGAAUGCACCUAGCGCAGUUAUAGAAGAUCCAGCUCUCAAUACCUAUCUUGGAAAAGCAGAGAGCUACCUAAAAAGUGCUCUGGAACUAGCAGGUGAAGCAGAGAAGAGGUUGGGAAAGGGAAAAGCAGAGAAGGUGGUGGAAGUAGUGAUUCCUUCCACAGGGUCCGAGAACGUGACAGUGGUGAUUCCUUCCAUGGAGGCUGAGAAUGUGACAGUGGUGAUUCCUCCCUCAGAGUCUGAGAAGGUGACAGUGGUGAUUCCUCACACACAGUCUGAGAACGUGCCAGUGGUGAUUCCUCACACAGAGUCUGAAAAAGUGACAGUGGUGAUUCCUCACACAGAGCCUGAAAAGAAGGUGGAAGUGCAGGGUCCUCCCUCGGGCCAGGAGUGGGUGGAGACAGAGAAGAAGGUGGAAGUAGUACUUCCUCCCUUGCCAUCAGAAACUGUGCCUGUAUCGACAGUGGCAGUCCAGUUGCCUGCAUCUUCACCUGAGUCUGUAGCAGAAAAGGCAGAAGAGGCACAAGUGGAAAUGGGGAAGUUAAAAGCAUUCAUUAACUUGCUAUAUGGUUUUAGUCCCCACCUAACUGCAUAUGCACAGAAUUCGGCCAAUAAAAAAGUUGGUGAGGACAUUGUUGAUAGAGCAAUGGCAGUCCUUCAUGCCAUAAAAAGCAUUUUCUGUGGAAAUCCUGAAGGGCAAAGCAAACUGAUGUUGCAGCAGUUGUUAAAGGAAGACAUGGAGCUUGUAAGACAAGCCAUGAAGGAAAAAAGAGUCUCUUAAGAAGACACAUUUGUUUCUUGGUUAAGGUAGAUAUUUUUCAUCCAAGUUAUGUAUCACUAGAAAUCAGUUUUGUUGUUUGUAAGAGCCAAUUACAUAUAUACAUAUAUAUCCAUCGUUUGUAGCCCUUUCCAAAUCUAGAAUUAAAUGCUUAUUUUAAAAUA